AUGCUUGCAAUAGCUGGGAUGUUUCAGAGUGACCGCCCAGUGACAUACUGCAGAUUUAACACGGAUGUGCCUGUCCUACGCCUGUGGUUAGAUGUCGAGUUGGAGACCAGACAGGAUUUCAGAUUAUCGCGGCAGGCCAUGCAUUCCCUACAGCGUCUAAUGAAGAGAGAGCAGAACCAUGGUUGGGGAAAUGAAUAUGAAGUCCUCGUCUACGUCUACUGGCUUGCCCAUGGUCUUUCCUACCGUGUGGUGUCCAGAGUUUUCAGUAUUCCCAAAUCAACCAUUCACAGGAUUGUUCACAGAGUGGCACAGUUAUUUUGGGACAAUCUAAAUAGAGCCAUCAGUUUUCCAAAACCUGCAGACAUCGACACUGUGGCAUUCUUCUUCCUCUUCCUUGGCGAUGGGUUUGGCGUGGUAGACAGGGUGGUGGAUGGAGUAGCUGGAAUGAUGGAAGAGGCUGUGGUGGAUGGUGUAGUUGGAUUGGUCGAAGAGGUUGUGGUUGGAGUGGGAGGAUUGUUUGAAGAGGCUGUGGUUGGACUGACAGGCGGUGUAGUGGGAGGAUUGGUUGAAGAGGCUGGGGCAGACUGA